AGUGUUACAAAGGCUGUGGAGGCGUUUAGUACACCAUUCAAAACAUAAACCUCUCCUCCUACCUUAUCCCCUCCUCUCUCUCUCUUUCAUACAGCCAUGACUUCUUCUUCAUCAAUCAUCAACAUCUCUUCUUCAAUCAUUCACCAAACCUCUCUUCAAGAAUUCUCAAGAAAACCCACCUCAAUCUUUCCGUUUUCUUCCCAGAAAUUGACUCAUUUCUCAUCUUUAAAAGCCUCUUUUUCUCGUUUAAAACAGUCUAAUAGAUGUGGGUGUUCUUCAUUUGUUGCAUCUGCAAUUGCUACACCCAAUUCUUCUGUUUUGAGUGAAGAGGCUUUUAGGGGUCUUGGUAGGUAUGAGAAAGAUGAUGACUUGAAUGUGAGUGAGAGUGAGUAUGAGAGUGAGGAGUAUGAAAGUGAUGUUGGGUUUGUGGCAAGUGAUGUUAGUAGUGAUGAACUUGCGAUUACUAAGUUGGGUUUGCCUGAAAAGCUUGUUCAGACUCUUGCUGCUAGAGGAAUUACUGAGCUUUUCCCAAUUCAAAGAGCUGUACUAGUGCCUGCGCUGGAAGGAAAAGAUCUUAUUGCUCGUGCAAAGACCGGAACUGGGAAAACACUGGCAUUUGGUAUACCAAUCAUCAAGCGUCUUACUGAGGAUGACCAGGAAAGAGGGUCUCAGAGGCGGUCUAGGCUUCCCAGGGCAUUGGUUCUUGCACCAACAAGGGAACUGGCAAAGCAAGUAGAAAAUGAAAUCAAGGAAUCUGCACCAUAUUUGAACACAGUUUGUGUGUAUGGAGGAGUUUCAUACACCCAACAGCAAGGUGCACUCUCACGUGGAGUUGAUGUUGUUGUUGGAACUCCAGGUAGAAUUAUUGAUCUAAUAGAACGUAACACCCUCAAAUUGGGGGAGGUUGAAUUCUUGGUCCUUGAUGAAGCCGAUCAAAUGCUUGCUGUCGGUUUUGAGGAAGCUGUGGAGAUGAUUCUAGAAAAGAUUCCUGUGAAGAGACAGAGUAUGCUUUUCUCCGCAACAAUGCCUAGUUGGGUGAAACAACUUUCAAGAAAAUAUUUAAAUAGUCCUAUGACCAUAGAUCUGGUUGGUAAUCAAGAUGAAAAAUUGGCAGAGGGGAUCAAACUUUAUGCCUUAGCAUCCACUUCAACUUCAAAGCGUGCUAUUCUGAGUGAUCUUGUAACGGUGUAUGCAAAGGGUGGGAAAACUAUUAUUUUUACACAAACCAAACGAGAUGCUGAUGAAGUCUCAUUAGCAUUGACAAAUAGCAUUGCUUCAGAGGCUCUGCAUGGUGAUAUAUCUCAACACCAGAGGGAGAGAACUCUAAAUGGAUUUAGGCAGGGAAAAUUUAAUGUGCUUGUUGCCACUGAUGUUGCAUCUCGCGGGCUUGAUAUUCCCAAUGUCGAUUUAAUUAUCCACUAUGAACUACCCAAUGACGCGGAGACGUUUGUUCAUCGAUCUGGCCGCACGGGACGUGCAGGAAAAGAAGGUUCUGCAAUUUUGAUGUACACUAAUAACGAGAAGAGAAAAGUCAGAUUUAUUGAGCGUGAUGUUGGAUGUAAGUUUGAGCUUAUUAGUCCACCGGCUGUUGAAGAGGUGUUAGAGUCAUCAGCUAAGCAAGUUAUUGUCACCCUUGGUGGAGUUCAUCCUGCGUCCGUGGAGUUCUUCACGCCAACUGCACAAAAAUUGAUAGAUGAACAGGGGACUGGUGCACUUGCUGCUGCAAUAGCACAGUUGAGUGGUUUUUCGCGUCCUCCAUCAUCUCGAUCUCUGAUAUCGUAUGAACAGGGAAAAGUCACACUUCAGUUGACACGUGAUCCUGCUUAUGCUAGAGGGUUCUUAUCUGCCGGAUCUGUCAUUGGAUUUUUAUCUUCAAUAUACACAACAGCAGCUGAUGAGAUAGGAAAAAUACAAAUGAUUGCAGAUGAAAGGGUUCAAGGUGCUGUUUUCGAUCUCCCUGAGGAGGUUGCCAAAGAGUUGCUUGAAAAGCAAAUACCACCUGGGAACACCAUUACUAAGAUUACCAAGUUGCCUGCUUUGCAAGAUGAUGGGCCAUCAAAUGAUAAUUAUGGCAGAUACUCCAACAGAGGGGGUGGUAUGCGAGGAGGAUCUAGGGGUGGGAGGGGUUAUGGUAGCUCCCGUGGCAGGAGUGGGGGUCGAUUUUCUGAUGGUGACGAGAGGCGAGGUGGUGGCUGGGGUGCCGGUCGUGAUGGUGCACGAGGUGGUAGCUGGGGUGCAGGUCGUGAUGGUGCACGAGGUAGUGGUGGCAGUAGUUGGUCAAGAACUUCAAGAAGCAGCGGGAGUGAUUGGCUGAUCAGUGAUAGAAGAUCUUCACGCUCACCAUCUUAUGGAGAUAGCGACAGGAGCUUUGGGGGUGCGUGUUUUACCUGCGGACAGUCUGGGCAUAGGGCAUCAGAAUGCCCCAAGAAGCUAGGUUUUUAGAUAUUGAUAUGACAAUCCUGUUGCUGCUGGCUUGUGAAUUGGUGAAAGGCUACCACUACUUCAUAACCAUUAUUUCUGUCUCCUAUAUCGUUAUUCACCCGAAGAUGAUCAAGGGGUCCAAAAAGCUGAUAAAAUUGAUGCUGGACAAUAUUAGGGACUGUGAUGCAGCUUCAUUGUUCUCUGCUUCAGUCCUCCGUGCUCCAAACACACAACAGUCAAACUACAUAGUAUAUGGGUUUAAUGUGAUUUUGCUUUGCUGAUUUUGUCAUAUUUAGUGUUAACUUUCGUAUAAACUAAACUUGAUUGCCGAGGCAAUAGUAUGUUUACAAAUUUUGUUGUUUGCUUUUCUACUCCCUGUACGUAAGAAACUUUAGAUUGAAUAGAUUAGGUAUUUGAUCUUUUACAUGUGCUUGUGGCUAGAUAUAGACCGAUGAGUUUCUUUAGUUUUCAA